AUGGCAGGCACGGCGGGACUGCUACUCCUUCCCCCUCGAACCCUCCCGGCUAUCUCGAUUGGUACCAUGUCGGCUCUGCAGACGUUUAUGCUGGUGGUCGAGCACGACAAGGAAGAAGCCAAGCGCAUCGCCGAAGGUGUUGCCCAAGAUGUGGAAUCCAAGAAGACGACAUUGAUCGAAACGGUCCAGUCGCUCGGCGAAUAUAUCAAUGAUGAAGAUCCUAUCUUGCGCGGGAAGGCCGUGUCCUUCCUCACGGCCGUGAUUAAAGCGCUGCCAGCCAGGUAUCUGUCGAGACAGCAGAUCCAGGUCCUGACGACGUUUUUUUGUGAUCGAAUCGAGGAUUGUGGUGCAAUUGCUGGUCUGGAGACGCUACAGGCGCUGGAGCGGUUUACUGAGGCAUUGGCCAACGAGGUUGCCCAAGCGUUAUUCUCGAAUUUCCAGGACCUCCAGGCUCGCUCGCAAUCGCAGAGGUUCCAGGUUUAUCAACUGCUCAAUGAAUUGAUGUCACGACACCGAGCAGCAUUGCGGGAUAUGGGUGAUAUAUCACUUGUUGGAAUUGUGGAUCUCAUGACAGGAGAAAAAGAUCCACGGAACUUGAUGCUCGUCUUCUCUGUUUUGAGAGUGGUAAUGGUGGAAUGGGAUAUCUCAAAUCAUGCCGAGCUUUUGUUUGACUCGGUUUACAACUAUUUCCCAAUUACCUUCCGACCUCCGCCGAACGAUCCUUACGGGAUCACCGCUCAAGACCUGAAGGGUCGGCUGCAGGACUGCAUUGCGGCAACUAGUCAAUUUGCGCCGCAUGCCAUCCCGUCAUUAUUGGACAAGCUGGAUUCUACUUCUCCCAAUGUGAAAAAAGAUGCGCUCAAUGCUUUGAUUGCCUGUAUCCACUCAUACGAUCCAAAUACGGUUUCCAGGUAUUCCAUCACCAUUUGGGAAGUUCUAAAGUUUGAGAUUCUGAACGCCCAAGAGGAGUUUUUGUCUGAGUCUUCCCAGGAGGUUUUGAAAGGCAUCGCGCAGCGUCUCUCCGAAGGAGUGACCGAGGCUUCACAGGAGCUGCCUCUAGCGCAAUAUCUCAGGCCUAUUACCAAAGAGUGCAACGAGCAACUGCAGGAGCCCCAGCAGAAACAAGCAAAACCCGCUCAGCAAAUUUUGAGCUCCCUCUCGGCAGCUUCUGCCAUAGCAUUUACUAUCAUUGUGCAGACAGUUGUGGCCCCUAUCUUCACCAUCUACCAGGAGGCAGAUGGAAUGGUCAAACAAAGAGCUCUUCUUGAGACUCUUGUUGUCUUGUUUGACUCUGCAGUUAAAGUAUUCGGGGAGUGGACAACUCGAGGAGGAGAAACCAUUAUCGAAAAUCCGCUGCUUGAGUUCAAAGAUCAAUUCUCGGAUAUUUUCGGCCAGGCAUUAAUGGGUGCUGCUAAGGAGGAAGUUUCCUUCCGGGUCACUGCUUUGAAAGGGUUUCUACGCCUCUCGACACUGCGCGAUUUCUUCCAAGACAAUGAGAUUGGGCUGCUCAUCCAAUACUUGGAUGAAAUCCUCCUGAAGGAGGAAUCGGUUGGCCGGGGAGAUUUGCAAAAGGAAUCAAUUGCUGCACUUGCCGAGAUUUCCAAACACAAGCCUCGGCUUAUUGUGGAUAUUACCUUCCCUGCAUUUGUGGCUACCCUGCCGGAUAAGGACGAAGGGCUUGACUCUUCCUAUCUUUCGACACUCGAGACCCUGGCCCAGAUUAGUGUGGAGAGAGAUAUUUUCGAAACGCUUUUCCGUCGUCUUUUCAGCAAAUUGUCAAUUCUGCUCCAGAAGGACCAGCCUGGAUCCGUUGCCUAUCCUCGUGCUAUUCUCAUGACUCUGCUUUAUGUGAUGCAACAGCGAAAGAUGGACCAAGAUCCCAAUGUCGAUUUGUAUUUUGACAAGGUCGUGGUUGGUCUCUGCCGCAGUGUCGCAGCGUCCGCCUCGGGGAAGGCAAAGAACCAAAUUCUCAACGAUCCCACAGUGCUCCAUUUUUUGGGCCGGCUCUGCAAUCUUCUGGUGCGGUCUGUUUCUAUCCAGAAGCAAGAACAAGUCGCAGAGAAUGUAUAUAGCCUCUUCGCACCAGCAGAAGAAUUCGUGCCUGUCCCAUUCGCCCAAACCACAAAUGUUGACCAAGAGCGCACGAUCAUCAUCUCGACAUAUCUCCUCGCGGGACUGUCUAAAGACUGUGGCCCCCGCAUCCCACACACCUCACCCGAUAUGUCGGCCUUGCUGGCGGAUAUCUCUCGCCGCUCCGUCUCUAACACCACCGAGCCUGCUACGCACCUUGCAUUCCUGCGUCACCAGGCCUUGCUCGCCAACAAGUUUUUAUCGAAACAGGAUUUGAGCAUUGCCGAAAACCUAUUUGACGCUUUGGUGUCCCCAGACCCAAGUAUGAAACAACAGGUUCUUAGUCCAGCCACCAUCCGCACUGUCUUCUGGCUCUCGAAAGCCUUGGUCAUCCGCCUCGCUCCCACAACUACACAUAUUUUGACUUCCCUUCUGGCUCUGCUGUCAUCAGUCGAUCAACAGACCAGCACCACAGCCGCGCGCGGCUUCUCCAUCCUUCUUAGCGACGACGAUGUACUCUCUACAACCAAUGGAGCAAUCAUCCGACUGCUGUCUAAGCAGCGUGUCUUCACCACUGUCAUCCCGCUGAUCUCGUCGUGCAUCCGCGAAGUCAACAUUGCCGGGUCUAAUGAAUCCGACCCAUCCACCAAGACACCUGACCACAUCAAACCAGCCCACCUUACUGCCCUUGCCGGAAUUAUCUCCACCAUCUCCACAGCUCUGGUCAUGCCCGAGCUCCCCACUCUCCUCCCCCUCCUCCUGCAGUCCCUUGAUCUCCAAACCGCAGAAUCCGUCGCCGUCCGCACGGCCACGCUCGACACGCUCGCCGUCAUCAUCCGCGACAAUGGCGUUGUGGUCAUCGAUCAGUGUGGCCACGUACAAAGUCUCGUCAGGAGGCUCCUCAAGACCACCACUGCCGCCGUCCCUGGCUCCGGUGCCGUCAAUACUCCCCGCCUGCGUGUGGAUGCCUUGAACUGCCUGUUCUUGCUUGCGACCCGCCAGUCACCCUCCAAUAAUGCCCCUGCUGCCCGCCCCCCUCCUUCUCUGUCCCCGCUGCUCCCUGUUAAGAACCAGGUCCUGCGCUCGCUGAGGGCAGUCUUGGAUGACCCGAAGCGCGAGGUACGCAAAGCGGCAGUAGAUGCACGGGGUGCGUGGCUACGAGACGUGGAUGAUGCGCCGGAGGAAGAGGACUGA